GGAUGGUUGCCAAAGUUUGAGAAGCAUCUUUUCAUGCCCAAGUUUAAAAUGCCUUUCCUCAUAUCAAGGUGCUCCCAAUUUAGAGUGGCUUAGCGUGUUUGAUUGCUCCAGUCUGGAAGAGAUAUUCCACUUUGAAGGGAUCCUUUCUAAUGAUCAUCAUCAAGGACAAGCAGCAGCUCCAAUUGUGCUCAGUUAUGGUUUAUUAAAAUAUUUGACAUUGACAUCUCUACCGAAAUUGACAAGCAUAUGGAGUGGGUCCCGUCAGCUUCUCGUGAAUUUUCCUGCCCUAAAUACCCUUGUCCUGGAUGGUUGCCAAAGUUUGAGAAACAUCUUUUCAGUUGCCAUGAUUCCAAGCCUUAAAUGUCUUAAAAUUCGGGAUUGUAAAAAAUUAGAGGAAAUUAUUACCAAGGGAAAGGAGAAUGAAGCUGAAUUUUGUACUACUCAUCAUGAUCCACCGCAGCUGCAGUUGGUAGGCCUUAAAGAGCUGAUAAUCGAUUCAUGCCCCAAAAUCAAAUGCCUCGGUCUCUCAUCUCAAGGGGCUCCAAAAUUGGAAACACUUGUGAUGAAAGAUUGCCCUCUGCUAGAGGAAAUUGUUGAGAAAGAGGAGGGCAUCCUCAAGGAUGUAAUAUUAUUCCCAAAUGUAACAUCCUUAACAGUGAGAUAUUGCCCUAGGCUGUUGAGAACCCCCUUUGGCUUUGCUACUCCAUCCCUUUUUCAAGCUCAUCCUCUGUGUCUUAUAGCCCCCUCUAACCUAAAAACUGUGAUACUGGGUGGAUUUCAUGGAUAUAGAAAGAUCUUCUCAGCCACCAUAGCUCGUGCUCUUCUACAAUUAGAAUGGCUCCAAGUGUAUGAUUGCAGUUCCGUGGAAGAAAUUUUUGAGGAUGCUGUGGAUAAGAUUGCAAUAAUAUUCCCCAAAUUGCAGUGGUUGGAAUUUGAGUUUUUGCCAUCCCUCAUAAAAAUCUAUGGACGUAACAGUAGUAGUGAUCUUUUUCGCUGUCCCUUGUUGAAAGAUGUGACCAUACGUGAAUGUCCAAAGCUGCUGCAUUUCCCCUUUCAACGUCAAAGCGUUCCCCUUCUACAGGAGUUCCGAAUUGUGUCAUAUGGGCUGACAAUGGAAGAAUUAAGCAACAAGUAUGGGAAAGAGAUGUUAGAAUCUGGAAAACCACUACUUAGACUGAUUUCAAAAGAUGUGGAAAAUCGAUUCUUUCUGGACCUUGAUGAAUAGAAAUCGAUUCUUUCUGAAAUUGUGGAGGAUGAGGAGGAGAAGAUGCUUCCAUCUUCAAGCGUGCGCUAGAAGCUCACUCACAGGGGAACCAACCAUAAUUUACAAUUUAUUUUCUAUCUCAGGACAUUUCAAUGCAUCCAACAAGAAGAAUAAGGAAAAGAACAGAGGCAAAAUUUCAAUUCUUUUCAUCAUGUCAAGCUGUGCUAGCAAGCAGGAAUAUUGUUUCUGUUGUUAUUCUAGUUUACUUUGAAUUUCAACAAUAAGUUAUGGAAGAAAAGUUUGCAUAAAUCAGACUUGUAAUUCUUCCUUUAUUUGCCAAUAAAAGGAAGCCUUGUGAUUGAUUUUCAUUUA